UCGAAACAGAAACCCCGCUUUUUGGCGCUCUCUCCCCAUCCCUAUCUCCCGCUGUCUGUCCAGUCACAGCGAAGUAGCUUCCAGAAACCGAUCAAGUUCGCCGGAAAACACCGUGCCUCCGCCGUGAAAACCACUCCGAGAUGGCCGAGAAGAGCAAAGUGCUGGUGAUCGGAGGCACCGGAUACAUCGGAAAGUUCAUCGUGGAAGCGAGUGCCAAGUCCGGUCACCCUACCUUCGCUCUCGUGAGGGAGUCCACUCUCUCCAGCCCCGCCAAGGCCGGAAUCGUCGAAGGUUUCAAGAGCCUUGGCGUCAAUUUAGUUCACGGAGACAUAUACGAUCAAGAGAGUCUGUUGAGUGUGAUUAAGCAGGUGGAUGUGGUAAUCUCUGCUGUGGGGCAAGCGCAACUAGCGGACCAAGACAGGAUUGUGGUUGCCAUCAAAGCAGCCGGGAAUAUCAAGAGAUUCUUACCUUCAGAAUUUGGAAAUGAUGUGGAUCGUGUCCAUGCUGUGGAUCCAGCAAAAACUGCAUUUGCUAUCAAGGCCAAGAUUCGCCGCCUUGUUGAGGCCGAGGGAAUCCCUUAUACCUAUGUGUCUUCUAACUUUUUUGCAGGUUACUUCCUUCCAACAUUGUCGCAGCCUGGGGCUACAGCCCCCCCUAGAGAUAAAGUUGUUAUUUUAGGGGAUGGAAAUUUAAAAGCGGUGUUUAACAAGGAGGAUGACAUCGGCACCUAUACUAUCAAAGCUGUGGAUGAUCCGAGGACCCUGAACAAAAUUCUGUACAUCAAACCUCCUGCUAACACCUACUCGUUUAAUGAUCUUGUGUCUUUGUGGGAGAGAAAGAUUGGCAAGACCCUGGAGAGGGUUUAUGUUCCAGAGGAGCAAGUUCUGAAGAAUAUUCAAGAGGCGGCAGUUCCACUCAAUGUGAUAUUGGCCAUAUCUCAUUCUGUUUUUGUGAAAGGAGACCAAACCAACUUUGAGAUUGAGCCGUCAUUCGGAGUGGAAGCUUCAGAGCUCUAUCCUGACGUCAAAUACACGACCGUGGAUCAGUACCUUGAUCAGUUUGUCUGAUAGCCGAAACUGAUUGGGAUUGGUUGAUAUUUCACAGCAGUUUGAAUCAUGAAUAUUAUAGGAUUCUGCUUGUUAGGAUCCUUGUGUAAAAUGUCGCUCCCACUGAUCAUCUUAUGGCAUGUACAACCUUCAAAUAUGAGGACAUACUAUGAACAUUCGGUUUGUUUGCAUCUAUGCAGUGCUUGGAGAAGUUUCUUCUGUUUUGGAGUUGAUAUCGUUUUUUAUUUAUGGGAAAGCAAAAAGAAAGGCAUUGGGUUUCUCUGA